AUGGAUGCGAAUGCAGCUCAGGCUUAUGUUGACGACGUCUUACCUUCGUCUCAUCUGGUGCAGAUAAACUUUUUACCAUUGUCAGCUAGAAAACGUCAUUUUUCUGAUACUGAUGAUAUGGAGGUGUCGAAUGAAACCAUUUCAAAGAAAAUGAAGCCAAGCUCUACAGAAAUGUCUACUCGUGUUUUGGGACAUGCAAGGAGGACUCUAUAUGGUGAAACAACGAACAAAGGACUCCAGAACAAACAUACAAAAGAUAGAGAAGUGAAUAAACUUGAAGCAGAACUAGAAAAACGUAUAUCAGAUAAGCUAUCAGAUAGAUUAGCUCAACUGCUAGACAAAUGCAUGAACAUUGAAACAAAACGAAUUACUAAAUCCAUCGAUGAAAGGAUUGAUACCCUCCGUGCUGACAUGAAUGGUGAACUUGACACCUUAAGUGGUAAAGUAAACUCUUUGACAGACACGGUACAAGCUUUAGAUACAGAAAAGUCAAUUUCUGAGGACAGGUCAACAAAUAUAGUAAUAAGAAAGUUACCAGAGUCUGUGAACGAAAACAUAUUGAAAAAGGUAAAAUCUAUAAAUAAAGACCAUCUCAAACUGAAUGAUAUUCAGGUGAUAUCAGCACAUAGAAUUUCUAACUCCAAUAACAAUGACAAUAUAAUGCCUGGAAUAGUAAUAGCUAAACUACAAAAUGCAGAAGCAUGCAACAAAGUACUAAAAGCUAAAACUAUAUUGAGAGAAACUCCAUGCAAAAAUGUGUUUAUUCAUCCAGAUCAAUCUAAGGAAGAACGUCUGGCCAAUGGUUAUCUCAGAAUGUUGGUGAAUGCGAUAAACAAAGGUGGAUCACUUAUUGUAAAAUGUAACAGAGUGUUUAAUUCAUCUCCAAGAAGCAGAACGUCAAUGGGCAGUAAUGCCCCCUCUGCUUUUAAGGGCAAUAAUGCCACUUUUAGUAGAUCAAAUUAUGCAUCAAAUAGUGAGACAGUAAAUUCUGUAACAAAUAGUGCAAAUAACUCUAAUUAUCAAGGACAUCAUAAUCAAAAUGGUAAUCGGCAAAAUAACAAUGGAAAUAACAGUUCACAACAUAAUUUUCAGAGAAGAGGAGGUGGUCGUGGAGGAAACCGAGGUCAUCAUGGAGGAAAUCGAGGGCGAUUCAAUGGAAGAGGCAAUAAUGGCAGUUACGCAUAG